CGUGCGACUGCCGUUUCUUAGCAACGGGGCGAUGCGUCCGCUAUGGCCGCCACACAGCCGAUGCUCUCGUUGCUGCUCCUGUUGUCGGUCGUGGCGUCGGGGAAGGCGAAGCCCCAGGAUGCAAACAGCACUCUGGAAGCAGAGGAAGCGCCCACGAAUGAGACGAGCCCCAGUGAGGCGCCCAUCAGUGAGGCGGCCGAAGUCGAGAGGAAAGAAAGACUCGAACCCAGAGCUGGCGCUUCUUCGUCCAUCUGCCCCUGUGAUCUGCACCCAGGCUUCUGCGACCUCAACUGCUGCUGUGAUUCAAGCUGUGGCUCAGAUUGUAGCACGGGGGGCCCUGAAUGUCCCUUCUCUUUUUGUCUUCCAGGCAGCACCAGGGCUGUGAGUCAGGUGUGCUUGGAAAAAUCCACAAUUUUCCAAAAUAACACCCCUUACCGUACUGAUGUCCUUCCUGGUCCUGGUGGAUGUGUAUUGCUGUUCUGUGUGGAGCUAAAUGAUCCAAAGCUGAACUAUUUACAGCAGCCACAGGUGGUUACAAAAGUCAACUUUCCAGCACUUUCAGCGCAAUAUGGAGGGUCUUCUUUCAACUUGCCUGAUCAAGUUCUGUCAUCACCAUCUGCCUUUUACCGGGUGGGAGAUCCUAUACAGACUUACUUUGCUGCAUCAUCUGUAUUAAGUAUACUCAAACAACCAGUGGGCAUUGGAACCAGCCAACUUUGCAUUGAUGAGAAUCCUGCUGGUUUCUUGGAGAGCAAAAACACAAGCUGCAUUCGGAUCCUUCCUGACUUAACAAGCAGCUGCACCACUGACCCUGCACUGGAUGCAGCUUCAUACUACCGUGGCUUCAGUGUGCUGAAGAUAAAAGAACACUGCAAAGAAGACAAGACUGUAAGAUUGGGAUCAAAGGUCAACAUCACCCCUGUUUCAGAGCCUGCAUCUCCUUCACUAAGUGGUAGCACGUGCCACAAUGUUGUUUCUGAGGUGAGCUAUGAGGUGGAGUUCAAUGGGAUUCAUGGAAUUCAGAAAGUAUCCGUUCAGUUCAAAGUUGCCAGUAUAUCUGGGAAUCCAAGAGCCACACUGCAGCAGCGCUUUUCUCUUCAUUUUGGGAGCAGGAGCGCUUCUCUCACCAAACAGAGAAGUGGGAACCCUGGAUAUAUUAUAGGAGCACCGCUGAUAGUUCUGUAUAAUGGCACCCAGCAGCAUAUAACCAUUUUACGGAAUCAAGUUGAUGGUCAGUGCUCAGCAACUGAAAGGUAUAAAGUACAGUUUAGAGAGAAUGUGAGGACAAGUUGCCAGUUCAGUGUACCCUUCAAGCUAGAGGAAGCAAACUGUAGCCAUUUCCAAGAAACACUAUACCAAGCCUUUGAGGGAGCAUACAACUUAGGCGGUUUGGCCAUAACUGGCAAUGCUGACCCAAGCCGUCCAGGAGAGUGGACCAACAUCUUCACCCAGGGGUGCAAAAUACAGGAUGGGCAUUGUAUGGUUCCCACUUCCCUGAAGAUCCAAGUGAUAUGGGCCCACAUAGGCCUCCUGUCUAAUCCGCAAGCUCAAAUAUUGGGAGCACGAUACCAUUAUCUCUGCAAAUCUCUGAAGUCCAUUGGCAACAUGGUGAACAUGUUGCCUUUGACAACCACAGUUGCCUUCACGGAUGCUACUAAAUGGCCAGAGCCACCCCGCGGUCAGCCCAGAGCCUAUUGGAAGCUUCCAUUUGAUUUCUUCUUCCCUUUUAAAGUGGCAUUGAGUGGAGCUGGGAGCAGCUCAGGCAGCCUACCUGGUACUCUGCUGGUGACAUUAACAUUUUGUAAAUUACUUGUCUCAUGAACGUCUUUUUUUAUAAGAAGAACAAGAUCUUCAAGAGCCAUAUUGGCAUUGCUGUAUUACAUAGCAUUGCUUGCUAUGAAGUGACUGAAUCAGAAUGGCUGCCCUCUUGGGGGAAAGUGUGUUUAAGAAAUAGUCUCCUCCUAGUGGAGGGUAUAGAGUGGAAACUCUGCGUCACAUGACUGCGAUGUUUGUAGUCAAGUCUAGGAACCUCUGUACAUCACUAUCUGGACUUGUGGUGACCUGUUGAAAACUCACCAGCCCAUGAUGAGCUGAUCAAAUGCACAUACCACACAUGAAUUUGGUAUUCAGCUCAUGAGGGUAAGUGCUAACAGUUGUGCCAUACGUGACUUGCCAUGCCUCUUUAUGGAUGUCUUUCUUUACUCCACAAGACCUCUGGCCAUCAAUCUAGUGAAGAAAGAGUUGGGACCCAAAGUGACAUGGGCACUCUUCCUCCUCAUUCUGAAGCUUUUGAGCCUCUUCUAUGCAGCCCCUUACGUUCCCCAAAACCCUUGCCAGUGUGGAAGUGAUUGAGGACGAUCUCAGGCUGCUUUAGAUCUCAGUCAAGGAAAAAGCUCUCAGUCACAAACUCUGACGUAUUAUUUCUUGAAGAAAACACUAGAAGUAGAAAGUUCUAUAGCUUUCAGUCUGCUUUCCCUUGUCUGUUGUUAGGGGGGAACUUGGGACACUUGAUAACGCACAACUUUGUAAAUGAAACUAUUUUAUCUUUAUGGAUUGUCAUUAAAAACUAGUAUCAUUCCUCUUUUCAUGAUAAAACAAUCACGCCUUUCAUGACUCACCUCGAUAAUACCUGUCUCUUACCUUUAUACUAACUAUGACUGGCUUUCCUAGAGGAGUCAAAUUGGGACACGAUUACUGAAAAAGAAAUCUCUCCACAAUCGCAGAGGAUACAAAGCUGCACUGAUGCUAAAUGUCCUUUUAUGUUAUAGAACUUAUGCACACUUGUUUAUUAACUAUGGGAGCUUGGGAAGUGGGCUUUAAUUUUAGGAGUGUUGCAACUUAUGUCCUACUGAAGAGUUCUUCCCUAAUAUAUUACACUUUAACCAACAGCCUUAAUAAACAAAGCCAGUGUAUAAAAAAAUUAAGUAUUUUGUGGGGGCAUCUUGUUAUAAUUACUCUGCCUGUCUGCAUCUGAUGUGGGACAAGUAUAAUUUCUGUUCUGCUUUAUUGCUUCACAGCAUAUGGGGCUGUUUAACAGAUUUCAGUAAUGAUACCUUUCAUGUCCAAGUAAUUGGUGUAGGCCUGUUCUAACAUAGUUGCUUUUUAGCAUUUCCCUGCAAUACAAUAGAAUUAUAGCUUCUUCCAGCAUCUGGAAAAAUGUAUAAUACCUAUUUGUUAUCAAAUAACAAUAAUAUUGUUUCUUUUCUUUUUUAAAACACCCUGUGAGUGCAAUUUUUAUACAUUUCUGCUCAGAAGUAAGUCCCAUGAAGUUCAAUGGUUCUUACUCUCAGGGUCAAUAGUUGUAAAAUUAAAGCCUAAAUAAAGGAUGCCUAUGAGAGGUAGAGGGACCCAUUGUCAUGGGAUAAUGUAUUGCCUUUACAGUAUACAUCUCAAGUCUUCUAAUUUCAGGUAGCCGUCUACUUUUGUAUCCCUAAUGAGACAGUAAAAGCUUAGUGAGAGGCAUUGCUAAUGGGAAAUGGAGCAAAAUGACAUACUAUAUCUUUAUAAUAUGUCUCAUACCAAAGAAUCCAACUAUCUCAACUUUUGUUGCUCAAAAUAUGUCCACUAUGAUCAGUUGAAGAGCGACCUUCAAGCCUAUGGUUUCAGAGUUGCCUUGAAUCUUGAGGUAGGCAGAAAGUGACCCUACCCUGUCAACUCAAAAAUAAGGACACUUUAGGAAAAAUUAGCCUCAAAGUCCAAGUAGGAGGACUAGUAAUUUACAGCUUUCCAGUUGGAGUGUGAUAUGAAAUCACAUGUGAUAAUGCCUUGGCCCAGUUCCUUGCUUGUCCGUCCUCAUGUCACCUGGGGUUCUGGCAAAAAAUGAGCACUGUGAAAAUGUGUUUCUUGGGCUGCUUGUGUGGGUAGCAAGAAAUUAUAGGUUUUGUCUCCUGAGACUGAGAUACAGCAAUCUUCAAUUAUCUAAAGGGCUAUAACAUGGAAGAUGGAGCAAACUUGUUUUCUCCUGCUCUGGAGUCUAGGACCCGAACCAAUAAAUUCAAAUUACAGGAAAGGUUCUGACUAAACAUCAGGAAGAACUUUCUGAUAGUAAGACUUAUUCGACAGUGGAACAGACUUCCACGAGAGAUGGUGGACUCUGCUUCCUUGGGGUUUUUAAAGCAGAAGUUAGAGAGCUGUCUGUCAUGUAUGCUUUAGUUGGGAUGCUGCAUUGAGGAGAUUGGGGUCCCUUCCAACUCUAUAGUUCUUUUUCCACUGAAAUGUCACUGAACAUUCCACAAAUAAGGGUGCAGACUGCACCUCAGAUCAAAUUCCACCCCUACUUUUGGAUUUCUUCAUCUGAAAAGUAGUAAGUAGUAGUACCUUGUAAAGGUGUUAAGGGUUUUAUCUGCAAAGUCCUACUAAGUGUAUCUCAGCUGCUUUUUCUCAUGUGUGAUCGUCCCUCAGCAUACUUUGGUUCAGAGAAUGGCUGAAGAGUAUAUGAUGCUAAGUGGGGCUCACUUGGAGGCAAGGUUCUCUGAAGGACUUGUGUAAGCUGCUCUGAGCUUCCCAAAAGAAAGAUGAAGAUACUGUAAAUAAAAAUUUCAGCAUUGGAGGAUAAUAAGGAAUGAAGAAUUAUUUCCUUCAAAGAUUUAACAAACUUUGUUCUAACAAAGUGGGAACAUGAGAUUGACAAUUUUUAAAUCAGAUGAAAUUUAUGCUGGAGGAGUAUUUUUAAAAAGUUUUAAAA